AUGGUGCCCCCUGAACAUGUCCAAAGUCAAGCAGCGUCUAAAGCAGCAGAGGUGCACCAGAAAUACAUGCCACUACCCCAGUUUUCUGCUCCAGUACCCACCAACCCGCAACAUGCAAUGGCAGCUCUACCUCCUGCACUGGAACAGUUACCUGCAGUAAGAGAAAUGGACAGGGUCGUGGCCGUAAAAGAGAUUUGGGAACGUAACUGCACCACUUUGGAAACCAGUCAGCGGGAAGCUUUAUGGCAAGUGCUACUGCAGUACAAAGACAUCUUUGCCCUUUCUGAAGAGGAGGUGGGUCUAACACACUUGGUGCAGCACGAAAUAGAUACUGGAGAUGCGCACCCGAUCAAAACGCGCCCCCGCCGACUCCCUCUGGCGCAUCAAGCGGCUGCUGAUAGCGCAAUUGACGAAAUGCUCGCGGCUGGUAUUAUCGAGCCGUCAGAUAGUCCCUGGGCUUCGGGGGUUGUGCUGCAAGGUAUCGCGGAGGCCGGGCUGAAACUCCACCCCAACAAAUGCUGCUUCAUGAGAAGGGAAUUGGAGUUUUUAGGGCACAAGGUUGGUGGAGAAGGCAUCAGCACUCUGGAGGAAAAGGUACAGGUUGUCAGGGACUGGCCAAUCCCCACUAACCUCAGAGAACUGAAGAGUUUCAUUGGACUAGCAUCAUAUUACAGGCGAUUCGUGCGCGGUUUCUCUUGCAUCGCCGCACCCCUGUUUGCCCUACAGCGGAAAAAUUGUGACUUUGUGUGGACCCCAGAGUGCGACCGGGCCUUUUGCACUUUGAAAAAGGCACUGACGGAGUCUCCCAUCUUAACCCCCCCAGAUACCAAUCUGCCAUUUGUCAUGGACACAGACGCCAGCGAUGCGGGGAUGGGUGCAGUGUUGAGCCAGGUGGGAUCACACGGGGAGAAAGUAGUGGCAUACUUUAGCAAAACUUUCAACAAGGCUGAGCGGCGUUAUUGCGUGACGCGGAGAGAGUUGCUUGCUAUUGUGAGAGUGAUAGGGCAUUUCCGGUACUAUCUCUGUGGCCUCCCCUUUACUGUGAGAACAGAUCACUCAGCACUCCAAUGGUUAAUGUCCUUUAAAGAACCAGAGGGGCAGAUUGCCCGCUGGUUGGAAGAACUUGCGCCAUAUAAUUUCAAAGUGGAGUACAGGGCUGGGAGUCGCCAUGCCAACGCGGAUGCCAUGUCCAGACGUCCAUGUGCUCUGGAUGGCUGCCGCUAUUGUGAAAAACGAGAGGCCAAGGAACAGGAGCUCUGUGUUGAGGAGCAGGCGGGUCCCUUGUGCAGCGGGGAAGGGCCAAUCUGUGAAGUGGCGGAGCUCCAUGAUCCACUGGAGUGGAGGGCUCAGCAGGAACUGGAUCCCGAUCUGCAACCUGUGCUGCAGUGGGUUGAAUCGGGACAGAGACCACAGUGGAGUGAGGUAGCUGGGUUUUCGCUGGCCACCAAAGGACUGUUUGAAAAGUUUACAACCCUCCGUAUAAAAGACAGAGUACUUCAAAGAGCGUGGAAAGAGCCAGCUACAGGGGAGGAAAGGUGGCAAACUGUAGUCCCCAGAGCACUCAGAGACCCAGUUCUGAAGGCUUGUCACGGAACUCCUGGGGCGGGACACUUUGGAGUCUCAAAAACUCUCAGACGGCUCAGGCAAGGGUUUUACUGGGCCAGCUCAGGAGGGAUGUAG